UUUUUAACCGAGUUUGAUACUAUACCUCAAGUGUCAGAAAACAAUGCAUUCAAAUAUCUUUCUUCCAGAUAUUGUGCACAUAAACUUCCUGAUCAAGUAUUAUUUUGGCUUAAUGAAUUACAAAAUGCAAUUGCUAACCUAUAUAUUAUUUUUAAAAAAGAACUUGUUGAAGCACAAUCAAUGCUAUGUAAUUACAAAUUUAUGAGUUUAAUUAAUAAUCUAAAACUUGGUUUAGAAAAAGCACAGGAAGGGUUCGUAAAAUGGAUGGAUUGUUGGACCCACUUACUCUUAACAGUAUGUUUGUUAGAUGGAAGUAAUGGCCCUGAUGUUUUUUUAAACCACCCAUUGAAUGUUGAAAUAACUGAUAUAUACUGA